AUGGCUGGGCAGGAGAGUUUUGCAGGCUGUGGCAUAGCUCAACCAAGUACUUAUUACUGGCACUGGCAAAGGGGGAAGCCCGUGUUCCAGCCCUGCCUGGGUUACCAAUCGGGCAGCUGGUUUGAGCAGCAGCACAGCGGUUACUCCCUCUCUGGCUAUGACUACGGCUGUGCAGCAGAGACAGAUGGACACAACCUUUCUGUGCGUGAGACCUCCGGACGCCCAGCUGCAAGUCUGGUCACACCUAAGGAAAGCACGGCUCUGGCAGAAAAGCAAGAUGAAAACCCACUGGAAGAUCCAGAUCUUCAUCUGAAUAUUGAAGAACUGAACAAGGAGUUUACGGUGAAAAGUGAGGAACUCUAUGACUCCCUCAUGAGUUGCCACUGGCAGCCUUUGGAUACGGUUCAUUCGAAAAUCCCAGAUGAGACCCCCAAAGAAGCAUGCAGCUCAUGAAGCUACCCAACUGUCAGAUCAAUUGCAUCUUGUUUUGGUGGGGUGUGUGUGUGUUUGUUUGCUUUUGUUUUUGUUUUGCUAAGACAAAAAGAAUUCUGCCAGGAAUGCACUCUAUGCUGUAUGUAAAUACAAACCUCCAGGACUUAAAUGUGACUGACAUGAUAGAAUGUAAUGUAAAUAAACUUUACCAGCA